AAUUAAUACUGGCCUGACAUAAAUACUUAUCAGUCAAUGUACCUAUCUUCGUGUCAAAUAUUUGCAAAGAAUUCAUGACAGUGAAAAUAAAAAGAUAAAUACUCCAAAAAGUCAAUGUAUUUUAAGCGUUACUGCAUAUUCAUAAGAUAAUAUGAAUAGUAAAAACACCCACAAUAGUAUAAGUAAUAAUAGAAGUUUGACAGAAGUAUCUCGAAAGGACGCUGUUACAACCACCGAGAGCCGCCCGAUACCGGAUGACGAGCCGACCGCGACGAAUUCGACUUGCAGAGAACAACUCGAACCUCGCUCACCAGACUUUGACAUGAGAGAAUUCCUCAACGAAUUUACGUCCUGUGUUCUUUCCAGUGAAGAUGACGCCGGCAUCCAAUUUGCUCCCAACAAAGAUUUCGAUUACAGUGGAAGUGACCGUGAACCGAUGUUCGUCAUUAUCGACUCGAGCUGCGUCAGUAAUCCAAGUUCAAAAGAACUUCUUAUCGAUAAUAGAGUUAAUACAAACAAUACCAUACUUAAGAAACAUUUUAAUAAAAGUACCAAGUAUGUUGACGUACCUUCUACUAGUAGAGAUCUAAGAAGUGAUUUGCUGAAUCAACAGCUUAAAGAAGCAGAUUCCACUGAUGAAUUGUUAAUGAUGGACAUAAAUCUACAAAGUGAUAAUGAGCUAUCAGUCGGCGAUUCUGAUGGCGACAGUGACUCAAUAGUGCUUUCUUAUUUACGAAACAAGGACGCCUUUUUGGAAAUGGAGGGUACGAUAAUGUCCACAAAAAAGAAAUCGUCUCUCCUGGAAAGUGUACCCAAAAUGGAAACUAUAAUAGAAAGCGAACAAUUUUCUACAUUUCCCUUGGUAUCAAGAAGUGAAUACAAAUCAGAUGAAAUUCUCAAUAAUGGAGACACAACAAAUUAAAUCCAAAAAAUGAGUACUUAGCUAGUUUUAAUUGGAACUGGACAUGUAAAUGAAUUAUGGAAUUGAUUGUACGGUAUUAAUUACUUCGCCUUAGUUUCAUUAAAAUUUGUAUUAUUUCUA